AUAUGGAUAUAAUUCUGCUGCGAUCCAACGUCCUGAGUGCUUCCGAGCGGGUCACCCUCGUCUGCGAAGGGGUCUGCAGGCCAGUUUGCAAGGGCACCGAGUAAGAGAGGGAUCGAUAAGCGCGUGUUGAGAAGCGGUUGUGGCAAACGUACCGAAGGUGUUAAGGUUCUGCACGCUCAUGCGACGGUCGUGAAGAGACAGGAAACGGAUUGGAAGAAGAACUGAGUGGGGGUUGGUUGUGGUGGUACAGGGAGUGCGGGGUGGGGAGUGCGACGGUCUGAGCUGAGAGGACUCGGUGCGGCCCCGCCAUCUUAUAGCCACAGCCCUUCUCGUCUGCGGCAGCUCCGGCCAUCCUCCCACGCAGAACCGUGGCACCACCCAUACACCGUCCGCACUCGUCCAACCAUCAUGAAGACUACGGACGGGUCAAAAAAGAGGAAGCCGCCGACGUUUCGCCACCUACCUGAAAAUCGCGCCAAGAAGCUGAAGCAGUCCUGGGUCGAGGCACAAAAGAUCAAGAGCCAGUGGAAGGCACAGAAACGCAAGGAGGGCAUUGUAACCAAAAGUAGUCAGAUUGAAGAAUUGGUGGCGGAUCAUCAAGACGAUGCUGCUUCUGACGCUGCGGACAGUGACGAAGAGAUGCUUAAGGAGGAUCGUAGCGCGUCCGUCUCGACAGACGGCGAAGAGACUAGUGGCGAAGAGAGCGGAAAUAUCGAUGGCAGUGCAGACGAGGCCGCGGAGCGUGCUUCACUAGCACCCAGGCCUGGGCCAUCACAGUCCAAGAGACAACGGCAGACACGUCCAGAAAACACCACGGCCAAUGUUCCUUCCUUACGAGAUCUACACCGACAGGCUUACUCUAAGGAUUCACUGCAUACGCACAAGUCUGGCCAUUCACACCGCGGUCGGGGAUCCGACGUACAACGAGCGAGCCACUCGACAACGUCAGGGCGAGGACGUGGGCGUGGACGCGGCACCACGAAUUUUUCCCAACGAGGCCGUGGACAAUCCAGGGGCCGCGGUCGAGGUCAGCCUGACAUGCGUCUACGCAUGAAUGCAAUGCUCGAGAAAAUUAAACAAGACCUUACAUGACCUCCAUCUAUACCUUACUUGGUACAUCGUCCCUCGGGUCUUGUACCAUUUGAUCGCACAGGCGCAAGAGAACGGCAAUCAUUGCCUCAGUCAGAAUGUAGCAAUACACGCCUUGAUCUACGCUCCAUAUGCCCCUAGC